GUCACCGCAGCGCAGAGGGAGAGCGAACAGGGCCGUGUAAGUCGUGUGUGUGAGGAUGGCAGAGCAGGAGCCGACAGCAGAGCAGCUGGCCCAGAUCGCAGCUGAAAACGAGGAGGACGAACACUCUGUCAACUAUAAGCCACCCGCCCAGAAGAGCAUCCAGGAGAUCCAGGAGCUGGACAAGGAUGAUGAGAGCCUGCGCAAGUACAAGGAAGCACUGCUGGGUGCUGUCACCGUGACUGCAGAUCCCAAUGCUCCGAAUGUGGUUGUGACCAAACUGACUUUGGUCUGCACUACUGCUCCUGGCCCUCUGGAGUUGGACCUGACAGGUGACCUGGAGAGCUACAAGAAGCAAGCGUUUGUGCUGAAGGAGGGUGUGGAAUACCGGAUAAAAAUCUCCUUUAGGGUUAACAGGGAGAUCGUGUCAGGGUUGAAGUACAUCCAGCACACGUUCCGGAAAGGUGUGAAAAUUGACAAGACCGAAUACAUGGUUGGGAGCUAUGGCCCCCGAGCAGAGGAAUAUGAGUUUCUGACCCCCAUGGAAGAAGCCCCUAAGGGCAUGCUGGCCCGGGGCAGCUACAACAUCAAAUCCAAGUUCACAGAUGAUGAUAAGACUGACCACCUGUCCUGGGAGUGGAACCUGACCAUCAAGAAAGAUUGGAAGGACUAGCCCUUCCUGAGGCCAAACCCCAGAGAGCGUGAAUCAGACAGUGGCUACCGUAGAAAUCCCCCCCCGUACCAAAGUGCUGACAUUGGAACCCUCUUACCUUUCACCCCCUGUUAUAAUUUGACCAGAGAGCUCAGUUUUGUACCGUGCCCCCUCCCCAGAGCAUCGCUGAGUGCAUUGACCAAACCGUGCUGUCUGCAUCUGGUCUCCAGCUGCCCGUCCCAGGGCUGGGCAUCCUAGCACAGAGCUGGGAGCGCUCCGUCCCUUGCCAAGUCCUUUGCUGCUUCUCACCUUCCUCUGUUCAGGUGGGUGCUGAAGGGGAGGGACUCCCAUGUUCUGUGUAGGAUGUGUGCUUGGCUUUCCUGUGCACAGCUCAGGGUAGCUACUGCCUCAAGUAGCUGAAGAACUUCAAUGCCAGGCAGCUCUUGAAUCCGUUUGUUGGUUAAAAUCAUGUCCAGCCUGCCCCUUCCACCCGUCAGUGUCCCAGGAACACUGGCAGCGUCAUUUGUGGAUGUUCCCUGUAACCAUGAUGCCUUAAUGUGUAACAUGUAUCCUCUAGGGAGGGGGCCCUGCCCCUGUUACACUUUUUAAAUGCUCCCCCCCCACCACCCUCCCCCUGUCCGUUGGCAUGGCACUCAUCUUGGUCACGCCCCUUGUGGGUUAUUAGGAAAGAUUCACAACUUCCUGCUUUGCUGCUGGUCCGUUCUUCACCCAAGACAGGACAUCUCUAGAGGGGAGGGUUGUGACAUCCUGGGUGACGCCUGGCUGCGCCUCACAUUGUCUGGAGAGCUGACAGGUCCCCUGGCCCUACUGGCAUAGACCUUGAACCUCUGGCAGCCUCUGUGCCUCCAAGGAAGGGGGGGGCCACAUGGCAGGUGGGUGCAGGAGUCACCAGAGUUACCAUCACCUCACACUUCUCACUGCAGCCAAGGUCGCUGCAAAGCACUGAAAUUCCAGGACAGCACCUGCCCUCCUGGCGGUUUUGGGCUGAGGAUGGACUCUAGGCUGUUUCUGCAGCUGCUCUCCUGAUGCGAUCAACAAAGAGCUCGCCAUGGACAAGUACUCUGAAGCGGUUAAUGCCUUAUGUAUCUGUUCUGCCUUUAAAAUCUGUGCCUGGCCUGUCAGUAUUUAUUGCCUUGACACUCGGCUCCCGCCGUGCCCACAGCAGAACCCACGCGGCUGCCCUGGCACGGCGCUCGGGGCGAAGGAGCCCCGAGGGCUGGGCAGGCACAGUCCAGCUCCGCAGCCCUCAUUUGGAUCCUGCCACGUUGAGGUUGUAUUAGAACUGGGACCAAGUACAUGUGGCUUUCUCGUAGCUACGUCUCUGCCUCUUAACUCUUCCCCUGCCCUGCCCCUAGAGAGGUUUUUGUUAAUUUGAUUUGGUGCAUAUUGUCUGUAAAUCCUAGAAUCAGGUUAACAGGAUUGGAAUCAUCGUCUGCUUCUCCUUUUAUGACAGUUAAAUAAAAUCUUUGA